CGAGAGCACGACACUGGCAGAACCUUUACACGGGGAGCCCAGCGGAGAGACGGGAGGGGGUUUUCAUGCCAAAAUACCUUCCCUUUAAAACAAGGGGACAUAGCGGAGAGGAGAAUAGAGGGGGGAGAAAAUAAAAUAUAAAAAAGAAAAGGAAGGAAGACCGAGAGGGAGGGAGGGCGAGAGAUAUAGAAAAAAAGAAAGAUGACAUAUUUUCAAUUGAACACCCGAGGCGGAGCGACGGGUCGCGGCCGAAUGGGAGCGCUCUAACUGGGUCUGAGGACUGAACGCUACUCCGAGGCUUCAACAAACACCCACAUCGGCCUGACGGGAAAAUAAUUAAAAUUAGACAGCGCAUUUGAAUGGAUAUUUUAAAGAAUGUUAACUAAUUUAUGUUAUUGCUUCUAAAAAUAAUUUAUACUGUUAAGAUUAAUCGCAUUUGGUCGUUUGAGAUUAGCUGUAACAUCAAUUGUUUUCGUAAUUGCUAACAAGAUAGCAUUAGCUAAUUCAUGGAGAUUUUAAUUAAUUAGUAAAUGCAUCUUUGAUAUAAAAGGCUCGUAAGCUACCGUUGACAGGAUUCCAUGGGUUUUAACAAAAAAGUAAACAACGAUGCAUUAUACACUGCCAGACCGUAUCAAUGACUACCUAGUUAACCUAGCUACCUAAUUGUUAUUUGCUAGCUGUCUAGUUAAACCGACUGCAAGAUAUGAUUUAGCUCACCAAGCUGCCUGGUGGCUAGAUGGCUAAAUAAAGAAAGCAUAAAUAUAUCUGCAGAUUUUUUGCGUUUUUAUUAAGCAGUUGUUAAAAGUUUUAUUUAAGCUGUGAUCAGGGUGUAAUUGCAGGUUUGUUAAUUAAAUAGUUUGGCAGCAAUAUUGCUCGCUAGAUAGUUCGGGAAAUAUGAACCAGAAAGCUGUAGGGAUGAUCUUGUACUCCCUGCGUAAACGUGAAUACUGCUCGUUUCAAGAAAACAUCGAAAUUUUAAGCAUUCACAUUUUACACAAUUAAUUGCUAUUUGCAUCAAUAGUUACAUAUGCCAUUUCAGUGAGGUUAAUUUUAGAUAAACUCAUACAGCCUGAGGCGCAAGAGAAUACUCAAGACAUUGACAUUAAGGGAACUACCCAAAUUGUUGUCACAAGGAUUAACUUGUUUUCUAAUAGUGUUUAAUUUUUGUUGUUAUAACAAAUAUUGUCUUUGAAUUUCAAAAUGGAUGCUGCUUGGAGUAAUUUUCUGUUUCAGACUCCGCCUACUCAAAAUCAAGCAGAGACGGCCCUCCAAUCAGAUCUCCUCCCAGAGCUUACAGGUUCUGCUGAGAACCCACCCACAGAACACAUAGCCCCGCCCCCCUCUACUGUAGAUACAGCUGCUCUGAAUGAAGAACCUGUACCGGUGAAACCCGUCUCUCGGCCGGCCCGCGCUGCCCACAUCUGCCCUCUCUGCAACAAGCAGUUCAAGAACAGCUACAACCUGCGGCGACACCAGUCGGUGCACACGGGCAUCCGCAUGAAGGACCGGGCGGCACGGGAGAGGGAGGAGGGCGUGAAGGAAGGAAGGGCGGAGAGACAGACCGUUCCUCUCUCCUUGCUCCAUCUCUCUGUCCCUCCCCCGCUUCCCCCUCCACAGGAAUCCGUUCCUCACCCCCCCUCGCUUGGCGGCCAGGAGAGUCAGUCGGUCGCGGUGUCCAUCGCCACCGCUACCGUCACCAUGGCUAUUCCCCCUCCUCUCCCAACCGCUGUCGUGGUUGCUGGGGCGAUGGUCCAGAGGCCUGCGAACCUUAACCCGAACCCAAACCCGGUGCGCAAGAACCACGCCUGCGAAGCCUGUGGGAAGGCCUUCCGGGACGUGUACCACCUGAACCGGCACCGCCUGUCCCAUUCGGACGAGAAGCCCUACUCCUGCCCCAUCUGUCAGCAGCGCUUCAAGAGGAAGGACAGGAUGAGCUACCACGUGCGCUCGCACCAGGGCGGGGUGGAGAAGCCCUACGUCUGCCCGCACUGCGCUAAGGGCUUCUCCAGGCCCGAUCAUCUCAACAGCCACGUCCGGCAGGUCCACUCCACGGAGAGACCUUUCAAGUGCGAGACUUGCGAGUCGGCGUUCGCCACACGGGAUCGUCUGCGCGCCCACAUGAUCCGGCACGAGGAGAAGGUGCCCUGCCACAUCUGCGGCAAGCUGCUGUCCGCCGCCUACAUCACUGAUCACAUGAGGGUUCACAACCAAUCGCAGCACCACGCCUGCCACCUGUGCAAUCGCAUAUGUCCAUUAGCGUCUCCCUGCCUGUCUCUGCAGGCUUUACCACGCUCACCUACCUGCGCGUCCAUGCUCAGAAGCACCACAGCCAGGAAUGGAAGGACAGCGGGGGCCAGAGAGGGGGUUUUGGAGGGACGGGGGCCGGAGGGGUCCUGCUGUGCCAGCUGUGCGGGGUGCACUGCAAAACUCCCACCCAGCUGCAAGGACACAUGGGCACGCACACGACCCCCCAGAGCACCCCCAGCCCCAUCAGCAGCACCACCACCGCCACCUCGGCCUCCAGCGCCAGCUCCGUGUCCCUCACCAACAUGGUGUCCAGUGCCGUCACCCUCACCAACAUGGCGUCCAGCGCCGUCUCCCUUGCCAACAUGGCGUCCAGUGCCAGCGUGUGCGGGAGCCCCGGGGAGGGGCUGCUGGUUUCGGACUGCUCCGGGAUAGCCCCCCAGUCUCACAGCUAGCAGAGGGAAAAGGAGGGACAGGGGAGAAGUGGAGGGAGGGGUGAGCAGGGAAUCUGAUCAGGGGAAACUGUUGUCCAGCGGUCUGUCUACUCCGUCAUCUGCAGGGCGUGGGGCUCCGUGAUUGGAUAAUUGGCACAGUGCUGACCCCGCCUCCCCGGGCCAACUUUUAUUUUUUUUUAAUUAAAGAAAACUAAAGAGUGGAAAAGAUGCUGAAAUGGGGAAGGGUGGAAUUUAUGUGAAUGCGUCCAGUCAACAAAAGGAAACCCUGGUUGAAUGCGUGGACGUGGAACUCUCGUGAAAUAACACAUGACCAUAGUAUUAGGAUGUCUUCUUGAAAGGGACAGGUUCCUUGUGGAGAGAUACCUCUGUUGUUUGCUUAGCGAGCAGCCCACCGAGCAAGUAUUUUGGUAUUUUUGUAUUUUAUAAUAAUCAGUUUCAAAUAUCACAAAUAUGCCACCUGUCGUUUGAGUGUUUGGAUGCCAAAUGAAUCUACCUGCUGUCCCUUCGAAUAAAAUUUCUUAUCACACCUGUGAAAAUCGGCAGUUUCAACAGAAUCCCUCUUACACAAAAUGCAUCCAGUAGAUGUACUGGAAUUAGGGGAAAUGAUUUCCGCGAAUUCGUCUAAGACUACAUACAAGUUCUGAUAAGAACUUUAUCACCAUAUUAAACUGUUUAAAACACCUCUCCAUCAGGAACCUGUUGACUUGGGCAGCAACACAUCUUAAUGCCUUACUGAUCUGUUACAUUGUACUAUUCCCCCUGAACUAUGGUGUGGGUUAAUUGAGAACAAUAAUGGAAUAUAUAUAUAUUUAUAUUUGUACAUUUCUCAGUCCUAUCUGUGAAUAUAUAGAUUGAAAACUGUAUUGUUUGAUGCUUCCUAUGAUUAUUGAUGUUAAUUUGUCAUUUUGACUAAGUUUAAUUGAGCUGAAAAAGUAAACCAUGUAAUAUUUGUGAAUAGGUGUAUUAUCUUGACUAUGUGUUACCACCUCGUUUAAUGACAUGUGCUUGUGUUGCUGUAAUAUGCUGUGUUAUUUCCUGUACAUACGAACAGUUCAUCAAUAAUAAUUUCAUUUACUUACA